GCUCAAGUCAAGACCUUUCUACGACAAGGAAGGCAUGUGGUGAAACUACAUAGUAUACAUUACGAAGAUACAAGUAUUUGUAGUUUCCCAAUGUACAACACUUGCUAUCUGGCAUCUUGGUCUAAGGGCGCAGGUAACACGUAGGAACCAGGAAAUAUGCUGAUAUUUUAUAACAACUACUUGGCAGCAACAAUGGAUCCGCGGUGGUCAGUAGUCUGGCUGAUAGGGCUGGUAGUCGGGACUGCAGUGGCACACAGAGUGAAACGCUAUACCCCAGACUGGGAGAGUUUGGAUGCCAGACCCUUACCUGCAUGGUUUGACGAGGUUAAAUUUGGCAUAUUUAUACACUGGGGUGUGUUUUCAGUGCCGUCUUUCAACAGUGAAUGGUUUUGGUGGCAGUGGCAGGCGGAGAAAAACCCUGCCUAUGUUGACUUCAUGAACCGUAACUACCCUCCAGGCUUCACUUAUGCUGACUUUGCGCCGCAGUUCACUGCUGAAUUUUUUGACCCUGACAGCUGGGCAGACCUCUUCCAAGCAGCUGGAGCAAAGUAUGUUGUCCUGACCACCAAACACCAUGAAGGAUUUACAAACUGGGGCUCCCCUGUGUCCUGGAACUGGAAUGCUGUUGAUACAGGGCCCCGACGUGACCUAGUGAAAGCCCUGGGGAUUGCUAUCAGAAAGAGAAAAUUGUAUUACGGAUUGUAUCAUUCAUUGUUUGAAUGGUUUAACCCUGCAUACCUUCAAGAUAAGAGAAAUGGAUUCAAGACACAGAAUUUUGUCUUUGGAAAAACACUUCCUGAACUUUUCGAUCUUGUCAAGAGGUAUGAGCCUGACCUGAUCUGGUCAGAUGGAGGUUUUGAGGCUUCAGCAGAAUACUGGAAUUCCACAGAGUUCUUGGCUUGGCUAUAUAACGAUAGUCCUGUAAAGGAUACAGUGGUUGUAAAUGAUCGCUGGGGUGCCAACUGCUCUUGUCACCAUGGAGGCUACUACAACUGUAAAGAUAAAUACAAGCCCACAACCCUACCUGACCAUAAGUGGGAAAUGUGUACUACUUUGGAUCACUAUUCUUGGGGUUACCGCCGAAACAUGAAGAUAACAGAGGUCAUGGAUGUACCCAGUAUUCUUAAGGAACUGGUGCAGACUGUCUGUAUGGGAGGCAACUAUCUCCUAAAUGUUGGCCCCACAAAAGAUGGAGUGAUUGUUCCAAUAUUUCAAGAGAGAUUGUUGGAUGUUGGGCGGUGGUUAAAAGUGAAUGGAGAGGCCAUUUAUGGUUCCAAACCAUGGAGAGUACAGAUGGAUAAUAGUACUGGUAUUAUCUGGUACACCUCAAGAAAGUCUUUUGUUUAUGCUAUAUUUUCUGACUGGCCAGCAAAUGAUAUUUUGAAACUACCAUCUCCUAAAUCAAACACGAACACUACUGUUACACUGUUGGGUGCCCCUGCAAUUCUGAAUUGGCAGCCUUCCAUACCCCAAGGCAUAGUUAUCCAGCUACCAGUGUUGUCACCCUCUGCACUCCCAUCACAGUAUAUGUGGACACUGAAACUAGAAAAUGUUUCCUAAAAGUCUAUUUGGACGGAAAAACAAGAUUCCUUUGGAAAGAUAGAAUUCAUUUCUUUCUUCGGUGAAGAUUUGAUGAAUCUCAAGUCUUACUUUCAGUGGGCUGUGGAUUCCUGUGACUUAUGCAAAACAAUCAGUGUGCUCUUCUUCUUUAUAGUUAAGAUGUACUACUAAGGGUCUUUAUAGGUUUUAUGAGAAAAUAAACAAUUUCCUUAGCAGUGACAUUUUUGUAUAGAUGGUGGAAGGGUUGGUAUGAAGAUGCCAUUUUUUCAUAAUGUACUGAAAGAAGAUUCUGAAUAUAUAUGCUUAUAAUGAUCCCAGCUGACCAUUGUGAACAGUGAUUGUAAAUGUAGAUUUUUAUCCAAAGUCUUACUUAAAAUGCUUGGACAGUUUGAAUGACUGACUUGUCCACCUGUUAUCCCAUUGUCUGCCCUCCACAGUGAACAUUUUGUGUCAGCUAGACUGUAGCUAUGUAUAGCCAUUGGUCAGACUGUAGACUCAAUUAUGGCAAAUACUUUGCACAUUCUGUUUUCCCGGAUUGCAUGUCACUGUAGAUUUGUUUCACAUUUUUAGCUGGAACAGUCAUAUCACACUGUUCAGCACUUAUCACUGCAGGCUGGGAAAGAAAUGGCCUAUUUGUAAAAAUGUGCCUGCUCUCAGAGAGUCUUGAUAUGUAUGGGUCCCUUCCAAUAGUAGACAUAUGUGAAGCUAGUAAUCAGGAAGGUGGGGGCUGUGUUAUCAACAUAGAAAGUAGCAGAAGUUUGGCUGAUGACAUAUAGAGGUUGAAAUAAAUACUACGGAAGAUGUGUGCUACUACUUGAAGGACAGUCUAUGCCACUGAGCUAUCACUGAGAUACAGUCUAUGCCAUUGAGCUAGUACUGAAGAACAGUCUGUGCCAAUGAACUGUCACUAAAGGACAAUCCAUUCCACUGAGCUGUGCCAGCAAAAGAAUUGGACCGGUCUUAGGCGUAUGCAGAUUAGGUGGUUUCAUAAGGUACUAAUGUAACCAAAUGACUAAACAAAAUAUGCUUUCAACUGUAUUGUUUAUUGUAACACACUGUGCUCAUAGUAUAGUUACUCUUUGCUCCUUUAUUGGCCUUGAAACUGUACCUUAUUAACUUUUGACUCUAUACUGGACUUUAUUAACAUGUGUAUUGCAUUUGCUGUACUAAUCUUUGUGGAGCUUUUCUCCCCUGGCCUCUGUUGAAAAUGGCAUCCAUGCCCAGUUGGACUGUCCCAGUAAACAAAUAUAAAAUAAAUAAUACUAUAAUUUUGGAGGGCACUUACAGCACUGCUCUUGAGUGAUGAUUCAUACAGGCAAUGUUUGUAGCUAUUAGUAAAUAAAUCACCUUUAUUCCUUGUCAACAGUCCCAUCUUCCACAAAGACAGUUUAUUGUGAAGUUUUCGGUUGGCAAGGGGAGGAACCUGCUGGCAUCUAGCUGUUCCAGGGGCAGCACUGCAUAGGUGUAUGUGCCCCAACUUCAGAAUAGUGUGCCCUGCUUGGUACUCAAUGAUAGCACCAGACUGUUUAUUUAUUUUCAUUAUGGAAAGUCUGCUUCAAAAAUACUUUUUAUUUAUUUGAAGUAUUGCUUCAGGUUACUCUUAUUUGCAUGAGAGCAAUCCCGCCAACUUUAGUUUCCAUGACAGUAUUUACUCACAAGAACGCUGCUUUUGACUGCUGUUUACUGUGAGUAUUCUUAAGUUUAGCCUUUUGACUCAGGAUUUGACAAUGUGGAACUCAGAGUCAGUCUGAAUAGUAGCACAGAAAAGGCAAAAUAAUUUAUCUAGAGGAUUGAAUCUGUUUUCAGACAUGGCAGUUUUUUUAUUGCACUUUUGUCACGUACAUAAUCAGUAAAAAGGCAUUCCUGUUAGGUGUGGUAAUGCAUGAUUAUGUAUUUGUAUUCUUUACACAAUGUCUUUUUUAAAAACAGUCAUUUUACAACAUUGCAGGAUACUCUAAAAACCUAUUUUUUGCAUAACAUGAAAGUGUAUCGUGACAACUUUUGUGACACUCAGGACUAACUUUACUAAUAGCACAUUCUGUAAAGACUUCCUCACAUCUCUCAUUAUCUUACUUUGGUGAUUUCAUUUAUGGUGGCCUUUCAGCAUAGGUGUAUCUAUGGAGACAGUCUCAUUUAUUUUAUUCACAAAUACUUUCACCUUAUACAUGAUAUUACACUAGCCUUGAAUGGUCUAAAUAUGUUACUGAGUGGGCUUCUGGAUAACCUGCAUUGUAAUAACUUGGAACUAGAGUUUACAUCACAUAUUUCUAUAUGUAACACCGUGUUUUUACAUUUGGAGCCAUUUCAGAACAUAAUAAAACAAGUCUGCAUGCAAACUAUGAAAAACCCUUUGCUGGGGAACUAGUUCUGCAUGUCAAAAUUUGCAGUUGCCUAGGUUGCUUAAGUCUCUUUAGUGCGGAAAAUUCCUACAACUCAAAAGAAAUUAUAGUUUAGAGAAAGAAUUUGAGUGAAAGGCUGAUAAGGUAAGGGUUAAGUUCUUAAAAGUGUAUGUUUGUUAAAAGAUGAUGAAAUAAUAUUCUUUACACUGAGAUCAGGGGUUUGAUGGUAAAUAGUAGUAGUUGGAAAUACAGGAAACAUAAUAAUCAUGUUGCUUGCUUGUGACAGGAGCUUAGUAUUUUUAACAUAUUAUAGUGUCUUAGUCACACGUAUAGUUAAGAUUGUAAAAGAAUACUCACCAGUAGCGUAAAAGAUUUUAGUCACUACAAACAUCACCAUGAUGUUACUAACCAGAAUACGAUCCAAACCUUAAUUUCUGGAGAUAAACUUGUGGGCUGCAUGCCAUGUAGUCAUUGCAGCCAUUGUAAACAUGUGCUAAAAACUAAACAAUUCUCCAGUAGUAAUUACAGUACUAUACAUGACAUCAGGUUUUUUGCAAAUUGCAGCAUGGAUUGGAUUAUCUAUAUGGCCUCUUGUAGUUGUCAUGCAAUUUACAUAGGACAAACAUCAUUCUAGAGUCUAGACCUCUCAAGUUACAUAUUUCUGAACACCUUAGUGAUGUUAAAUGUAAAAGAAUGAGUAACGCCUUGUAUUAUAAAAACACACUCUUAAGCACACCACAGCUAGAAACAAACCAAGUGCCAGUAAAAACUAAAACCACAAAUGAACCAAAGUAGAGGCAACAAGAACAAUGCAAAGUCCAAAAAAUAGCGUAUUAAAAUUUAUUAUCCGCUUUCGUCAACAGACUUCCUCAGAAGCUUCCACAGCUAGAUUUCAUUUUACCAUCAUUGACAAAAUAAUAGGCGACAUAUCUAACAAAUCUGGUUGGCACAGCAAACUAAAUAUAAAAGAAAAGAAAUGGAUUGUGAAAUUAGGUGGACUUUUCCAGCCUGGCCUUAAUGAAUAUUUAUAAUUUUGUAUACUAAUGAAUAUUCAUGAGCUCACCAAUGAAACUUUGUGACUAAUUAUGUCAGUGUAUAAAAAGAACCUCAAGAUGUUAUGAGUAUUUACACUGAUGAAGGCUAGGUUAACACCAUAGCCGAAACCGGUCUGUUAUCUUUGUGUUUUUUUUAUUUUUUAACUAAUUAAAUUAGAAAAUACAGUUAUCUCACAUUCAUCAUUAUCUGUUACAUAAUUUGUGUCUGUUGUAUGUUUUUAUAUUGGUAAGACCAACAGGAAGCUGUUUGAAAUUAUUGAAGACCUUUUUGUGCUGUUGUGACUAAACAUAUGAACAAUGCUCUUUUUAAGCAUGUAUAAACUUCUGGUUCCUUCAGUAGGUUCCUGUUUUGUGUAUGAAAGCUGACAGAGUUGGGACCAAGCAGUGGUGAGACAGAAUUCCAUAGAAUUUGGAAAGUCAACAGUAAACAUGACAAUUAAGCUUGUGCCAGUGAACACCUGCUUUUAAAUAACAUCUUAAACAUCAAUUGCAUUUUAAAAUCAAGGAUGAUAUACUGAUGUGCUUUUACUUGGAAAGUGUUUAUUUUUAAAUUGCAAGUGCAAUUUGCAUUUUAAUUAAUAGGCUUUAUAAUGUAAAUGACGUGAUUGAUAAGUGAUCAGAUGCGUUAUUGUUUAUAUGGUUAACUGGUGGCUUAGUUCUCAUUCUGGUAAAGUUUCUUUUAGACAAAAGUUUCAAAAUGAGUUGUGAUCUGAACUAAUAAAGUAUACAACUACA